GUUCCCACCCGUUGGAGCCCGACAAACAAAGACGGCGCUCACUGUCGGCUUAUUUUUUAGCGAAUUUAAAGCACAAGUUAAAGGCGGACUUGUAUGUCGUUGUGACGAUAUUGUUUUUUUUUUUUUUGUUGUGGUUUGUUUAUUUUUCAUAAUAAUGGCUAAAUGCGCCGUGGACAGCUGCUUCGAGUCCGAUUUGUUGACCCACGACUGGCCGUGAGCCUCAUCGGGACACGGGCUGCAGCAGCGAAGUCACGAAGAACGAAAAAAAAACGGGAUUUUAGCACAACAUUGUCCGAUCGUGUCUAUUUUUAAUCAGAAACGACAACACGUUUCUUUUUAAUUGCCGCGACAAAAUGGACCGCGGUGGCUGUCAAAUGAGUGGCGGCGGUGGUGGAGGUGGCAGCGGCCCCGGCGACGGCGGUGGUGGCAUGAUCACCCUGGAGGACUUGGAGUCUUUCUCCGAGGAUCAGCUGUCCGACUCCGGCAACGGCAGCCUAGAGGACGACGAAGAAGACGCCGACCGACUGCUGCACUACUGGCAGGACGUAGCCCGAGGACACCAAGUGGAAGUUGCAAAGGAAAUGUCCGAACCCAUUCAACAGCUUGCCUCCAACAACAACGGACGCAGUAACAGAGAACACAUCCCUUUUACCCUCCUAUCACGCAAAGAAAAGUGUGGGGAGCUGCUGUUCGAGAAGCGGCAUUAUGAAAAGGGCCACUGGGCCUGCAUAACAAUGCGCGAGGAGACGUACGAACAGAGCAUCUGCUACGGCUUCAUGAGGAUAAUGAGAUACAUCUGCCAGCAGAACUCCUUAGGCGACUACCUGGGCAUGUCACUGCCCGUUGUGACUGUGGUGCGCACGGACGAGAACCAUUUGACCAUCGCCCAGGAAGUGACUGUGGCGUAUUACCUGCCCACCAACCACCAGGCCCAGCCCCCUCAACCUCAUGACCGUGAUAUCAUCAUCGAAAUCUGGCCCGCAGCUGUUGUGUACACAAGGCCCUUCACUGGCCCCACAAACGAGUUUACUAUCGUGGAUCAGAUCAACACCAUGGCCGAGCUGCUCGAGUCCCCUGGAACGUGCGUCAAUGACUCGUUCAUCGUGGCUGGCUACACCAACCCGGCGCACAGCCAGCGCCAGAAUGAGAUCUGGUUCUUGGAGCGCCGUUAAUGGGCUACAGCCGAAUGAGGCAUUUCACCGGCGAACACUCCAGGCACCCUUUGAGCCUCACAAAGACUCAUCUCUAUUCCACCACCUCUGCCCAGUCCACAGCUCAUAGAUGCAACAUCGUCCUUUUCCUCAUCACGGCCUCAUCUUACCAGCGCACUACACAUUCAAACGGCAUAGUCAAACAAAACCUUGGGAAUGCUGUAAUAAAGCCGCUAAAUUAUCCUCAGUAUCGGACGUGCCGCCUAAUCAUGGUGCAUUUUUGUUGUCAAUUGCGCCGCUUUCUCUGUCGCAUUUGAUCUUGCCGAGUUGUUGAUGUCCAAACUGUCAGUGUUGAUGCACUUGUUUUAUUGUUCAAAUCUCGAUCGCUGCAGGUUAAAUGGUUUCACGAGAUUAUUCAAUCAACAGGUUACCACCACACAACCGGUCACUAAAACAUUUUUCUUUCUCUAGCUUGGACCAUUCAAGUGUUAACGUGGCGAGUCGGUAGCGUGGGGAGGCAGGAGGUAGUUUCUGUAGUGUGCAACACGAUGAAUGCCAAUAACUACCUAACUGAAUCAAACUUGACACACAUUGAGAAAUACAUCAAUGUGUUUGUGUGUGCGUGCGCGUCUGUGUGGUGUGUGUGUGUGUGUGUGUGUGCGUGCAAAACCAAACUCUUGCUGGAUGACAAUCAAAAGCACUUACAUACAUCUGUUGCAAACAAGGCAAAGCAUUCCUCAUGGUUCCUCCACCUGGGAAUCGUAUUUUUAUAUAUAUAUAUAUUAUAUAAUCCCCCCACCCCCGCAAAAUGCUGUAUGUGCUACUUUGUGCUAGUGUGUACGUAUUCACUACUGUAUACCGCGACCACCACCACCGCUGCCGAUGAGUAGACAUUGCAAACGGAUGCGCCACCGAGAUCCGUUUCUUAGACCGAGACCACCAGGAAACCCGAAAUGUUACGGUUGAAACAGUUUAUUUGUGAUGUUCAGUCUUAACGAUGAAUAAAUACCUGUACCACUUUGAGACAACGGUUCUGUUGAAGGUUUGAUCCAUUGGCCAUUCGGUGUGUCCUUGCAAAGUAUUGCUGAAAUAACUGUAUGGUAAUGUUUAUAGAUUCGCUAUAUUUUCAGGUUAACCUUACCAAUCCACCAGAUGUUCUGAAAGAUUUUUUUUGUUUAAAAUAUUCAAUAUAUGAUUCUAUGAAUGACAGGAUGUUAAAGUGGGUUAAAUAAAGUAUCAUUUCCUCAAAAAUGAUGGGAGAAAAUUACAUUUGGUUUGCCCAAGUGGCCAUUAACAAAAAAAAACAAAAAAAAAUUCCAAAGAUGUUCUUUUUCAUACAUACCAUGACAUGCAGAGGUGUUUCAAAGCCAUGAUGACAACAAAGAGUGUCUCCCCUUUGUGAGCUUGGUUAGAUGAGAACAUCAAACCCUUUCCGUUUAAUGUUUUUAUUUUAGUUGAAAGGCUUAAUUUGUGCUGUACUGUGAACAUAAAAGUGCAACAGCAGAUCACUACUGUGGUUUUAAAUAAACAUGAGCUUGUUCUCCUGUCUUUUAAAAACAACAAAAAGAA